GCCAUUGAAAUGUGGGGAAAGGAAAGAAGCUCCACAGUGGUGACUGAAGGGACUGCUGUCCAGGGGCUGUGGGUUUCGAGAGACAGAGAGAGAGAGAGCCGAUAGGACGGACAUGUUGAAAGCAUUGCUCUCUUUCCUUGCCUUGUUCGGCGAAUCUCCUUCUCCCGACCCCCUUCCUGUAAGGACAGUCAAAACCCUAGAAUUCCUCCUGCGACAUUGACGCCCGAAAAAAUCCCACACUUUGUGAUUCAAUAUAUUGGUUGUGUCGGAUGCCAUGGAAAACCAUGAAGAAAGUGCUAACGAGGAGAAGAAAUUGAAUGGGGUGGCAGAUAUGGACAUAGAUGAUCUUUUUGAAGAACCAGAAACAAGCAGUUUGGGUGUGAAGUUAUCAAAUGGGGACAUCCAUGUUGGUUUUGAUGAUGAUGAUUUCAGGGACUUGGUGGCAUUACAAGACAUUGGAGAAGCUACUCUGAAAAAUUUAUGUAGGAAGGCUUCAAUGUCAUUUUUUGAACAAUAUGGACUAAUUAGUCACCAGAUUAACUCUUACAAUGAUUUCAUCAAAAGUGGAAUACAGAAUGUAUUUGAUUCCAUCGGUGAGAUAAUUGUGGACUCUGGAUAUGAUCCAUCAAAGAAGCGGGAUAAUGAAUGGAGGCAUGCUUCAGUGAAGUUUGGGAAGGUCACUCUUGAGCAGCCAAGGUUUUGGACGGGGGAUAAGUUUGCAGCUGAUAGUGGCAAAGAGUUCCUGAAUUUGUUGCCCAGACAUGCUCGCCUUCAGAAUAUGACAUAUUCAUCUCGGAUGAAACUUCAGAUUGAUUAUCAGGUAUAUACUCAGAAGCUUGUUAGAAGUGACAAAUUUAAAACAGGCAAAGAGCAGUAUGUUGAGAAGGAGGUUCUAGGGGAAGAUAAUAGGGAAGUUAUUAUUGGCCGCAUUCCAGUAAUGGUUAAGUCUGACUUGUGCUGGAUGAAUGGGGUUGAGAAAGGUGAUUGUGACUUUGACCAUGGAGGCUAUUUCUUAAUCAAGGGCGCUGAGAAGAUAUUCAUUGCACAGGAGCAAAUUUGCUUAAAAAGACUUUGGGUGUCUAAUAAUCCAGCUUGGACGGUAGCAUAUCGUGAAGUUACUAAAAGAAAAAGAGUGUAUAUAAAGCUAGUAGAAGCUUCUAGAAGUGAACAGGUUAGAGGAGGGGUCAAAAUCCUUACUGUGUAUUUCUCUGUAACAGAGAUUCCAAUCUGGAUUUUAUUUUUUGCCCUUGGUGUAUCAUCUGAUAAGGAAGUGGUUAAUUUGAUUGACUGUGAUACGAAAGAUUCUGCCAUUGUUAAUGUACUUACUGCAUCAAUUCAUGAUGCUGACAGUACAUGUGAGGGUUUCCGUAGAGGUGGCAAAGCUCUUAGUCAUGUUGAGAAGCUUAUAAAGAAAUGCAGAUAUCCACCUGAAGAAUCAAUCGAAGAUUGUUUUAGCAAAUAUUUGUUCCCAAAUCUUAGUGGCUUCAAACAAAAGGCUCGCUUUCUUGCCUACAUGGUCAAAUGUCUCUUGCAGGCCUAUACUGGGCGUAGAAAAAUAGAUAACAGGGAUGAUUUCAGAAACAAGAGGUUGGAACUUGCUGGUGAGCUGCUUGAGCGAGAGCUGAGAGUUCAUGUCAAACAUGCUGAGAGGCGUAUGGUGAAGGCUAUGCAGAGAGAUCUUUAUGGAGAUCGCAACCUGCAUCCAAUUGAGCACUAUCUGGAUGCAUCAAUUAUAACUAAUGGUCUUUCAAGGGCAUUCUCAACUGGAGCAUGGACACAUCCUUACAAGAGGAUGGAGAGGAUCUCCGGUAUAGUAGCAACACUUAGGCGGACAAAUCCAUUGCAGACAAUAGCUGAUAUGAGGAAAACACGCCAGCAGGUUCUAUACACAGGGAAAGUUGGAGAUGCCAGAUACCCACACCCUUCCCACUGGGGAAAGAUUUGCUUUCUCUCUACCCCGGAUGGUGAAAAUUGUGGGCUUGUGAAAAAUUUAGCUGUCACAGGUCUUGUUAGCGCCAAGAUUGAGCAACCUUCUCUCGACAACUUGCUUGAAUGCGGGAUGGAGAAACUGGUUGAUGAUACUUCAACUUUGCUUUCUGGAAAGCACAAAGUUUUCCUUGAUGGGGAUUGGGUUGGAGUAUGUGAAAAUUCUGUUUCAUUUGUUGUAGAGCUGCGAAACAAGCGGCGCCAGAAGGAAUUGGCACCCCAGGUUGAGAUCAAAAGAGAUGAGCAGCAAAGAGAAGUGCGCAUAUUUUCAGAUCCUGGAAGGAUUUUACGUCCUCUACUAGUUGUUGAGAAUUUAAGAAAGAUAAAAUAUCUGAAAGGAGGAGAUUUCAGCUUCCAGUCUCUUCUGGAUAAUGGAGUAAUUGAGCUUAUUGGGACUGAAGAAGAAGAAGAUUGCCGGACUGCUUGGGGAAUUCAAUACCUCUUGAGAGAAAAAGAGGGCAAUGCACCUGUUGGGUACACGCAUUGUGAACUUGACAUGUCAUUUUUAUUAGGUUUGAGCUGUGGAAUUAUCCCUUUUGCAAAUCAUGACCAUGCAAGGAGGGUCCUCUACCAGUCUGAGAAGCAUUCUCAACAGGCUAUUGGCUUUUCCUCAACCAACCCAAAUAUCAGAGUAGAUACUAAUUGUCAUCAGCUAUACUACCCCCAAAGGCCACUUUUUCGGACAAUGCUAUCUGAUAGUCUGGGGAAGCCAGGAUAUCCGCUAGGUCAUAAUGGAAUACUGCCAAAGCCCGAGUACUUCAAUGGUCAAUGUGCUAUUGUGGCAGUUAAUGUUCACCUGGGCUACAAUCAGGAGGAUUCUCUGGUAAUGAAUCGGGCUUCUUUGGAGCGUGGUAUGUUUCGAUCAGAACACAUCAGAAGUUAUAAAGCUGAGGUCGAUAACAAAGAUGCUACAGGGAAGAAGCCCAAGUCUGAGGACUCUGUAAAUUUUGGAAAAAUACAAAGCAGAAUCGGACGGGUUGAUAGCCUUGAUGAUGAUGGUUUUCCUUGGAUUGGUGCAAACUUGCAGAAUGGUGAUAUUAUCAUUGGGAGAUGUGCAGAGUCGGGGGCUGACCAUAGUAUAAAAUUGAAGCACACUGAAAGGGGUAUGGUUCAGAAAGUCAUACUAUCUGCAAAUGAUGAUGGAAAAAACUUUGGUGUGGUAUCUUUGAGACAGGUUCGCAUGCCAUGUCUUGGGGACAAGUUCUCAAGCAUGCAUGGGCAGAAGGGUGUUCUGGGCUAUCUGGAAGCUCAAGAGAAUUUUCCAUUCACAGUUCAAGGGAUUGUUCCAGAUAUUGUCAUAAACCCGCAUGCAUUUCCUUCGAGGCAGACCCCGGGUCAAUUGCUAGAGGCUGCUUUGGGUAAGGGGAUUGCUUGUGGUGGAUCCCAAAGAUACGCAACUCCUUUCUCCACUCUUUCUGUUGAUGCCAUAACAGAUCAGCUUCAUAGGGCUGGAUUCUCAAGGUGGGGAAAUGAGCGAGUUUACAAUGGCCGAACUGGUGAGAUGAUUCAUUCUCUCAUAUUUAUGGGCCCGACCUUCUACCAGCGUCUGACCCAUAUGGCUGAAGACAAAGUGAAAUUCCGCAAUACUGGCCCAGUUCAUCCGCUCACCAGACAGCCCGUGGCAGACAGGAAGCGGUUUGGUGGGAUCAAAUUUGGUGAAAUGGAACGCGACUGUCUCAUAGCCCACGGUGCCUCAGCCAAUCUACAUGAACGACUAUUCACGCUCAGCGACUCCUCCCAGAUGCAUAUAUGCCGCAAAUGCAAGAACAUAGCAAAUGUCAUACAACGGGCCGUGCCUGGUGGGAAGAAGAUUAGGGGUCCAUAUUGUCGGUUCUGUGAAUCUGCUGAAGAGAUUGUUAGGGUGAAUGUGCCCUAUGGAGCCAAGUUGUUGUGCCAGGAGCUUUUCAGCAUGGGCAUAUCUCUUAAGUUUGAAACUGAGCUUGGCUGAGCAACCUAGCACCUUAGUUUGUGUUACCUUGUUUUGAUGAUGCAGGUCAAAUAUUUUUGUAUAUAUACCAGCCGCUGAAUGUUUUAUAGCUUUUGGUAAUAUCAGUGUGAACCAUGAGGGGGAAGCCAGACCAUCUCUAUAUGUUGCCCUCCAGACCAGUGAAUGAACAGUUAACCUAGAUAUGUUCUCUGUU